AGGCAGUCACAAAUUCCAGUGAUUCAUUCGGAAUAAUUUUGCAAUUAUUUAGUUUAUUGUUUUCAAUAUAGUGCAUUUAGUAUUGCACAUGAAAUGUAGUGGUAGUGGAAAUUAUUAAUAAGAAAUCAGCGAUUAUGUAUAUCGCUGUAAAGGAUGCUCAGUGCGUUAGUAUUGCUUUUAAAAAAAUUAUCUAACUUUCCGAGUACAAGUGUCUUUGGAAAAAAUGCCUUUCGACUUUCUAUGUUGCGUGAGGCCCGGCGUCGAGGACGUCGUGGAGCUGGACUACUCGCACCAGUCGCUGACGGAUGUGCCCACGGAAGUGUUUGUAUACGAAAGGACGCUCGAGACGUUACUCUGCCAGAGCAAUCGGAUACAAGAGCUGCCGCGGCAGCUUUUCAUGUGCCAUGGCUUAAAGUAUCUGGACCUCAGCGACAAUGAGUUGCAAACCAUACCACCGGCAGUGUCUUCACUGGUACACCUACAACAUUUCAACAUUAGUAGGAACUCCCUCGCCUCCAUACCUGAUACUAUGAAAUCUUUGAAAUACCUCAUGUUUUUAGAUCUCAGUGCAAAUCCAUUAGAAAAACUUCCGGAUGCUAUCACAAAUCUUAUUGCUUUACAAGAUCUUUAUCUGAAUGAUACUUAUCUUGAAUAUCUGCCUGGAAACUUUGGACGACUUGCCCAUUUACGCAUUCUAGAGUUGAGAGACAAUUACUUGAUGAUUUUACCAAAGUCACUGUCUCGUUCAACAGAACUUCUGAGACUUGAUAUAGGACAAAAUGAAUUCCAAGAGUUUCCUGAGGUCAUUGGACGAUUUACCAAAUUGAGAGAACUUUGGAUUGACAACAACAGUUUUACUAAUAUACCAGCAUUUAUAAAGCCUUUAGAAAAUUUAAUACACUUGGAGGCAAGCAAUAACAUGAUUGAAGAUUUAUCUCCUGAGAUUGGUUACUGUUCGCAAUUACAAGAACUGAGUUUGUCAGUGAACAGUUUGACGCAGCUUCCAGAUUCUAUUGGACAGCUUAGUAAUUUGACUGCAUUGAAACUGGAUAACAACAGAUUGUACUCUAUACCAGACAGUAUAGGGCAACUGGCAAAUCUUGAAGAGCUAAUGCUUAUGUGCAAUUAUAUUGACAAAAUGCCUUCAUCUAUUGGUCUGCUCAGGAAAUUACAGUACCUCAACAUAGAUGACAAUAUGUUAAGAUUAGUUCCUCCUGAAAUAGGCAGCUGUUCUAAACUAUCUGUAUUGUCCCUGAGAGGAAAUAAGUUGUCAAAGAUUCCUCCAGAGGUUGGUCAUUUGUCCUCAUUGAGAGUAUUAAAUCUAGUGAGGAACUCUCUAAGUUGUCUUCCUCAGUCUUUGUUAAAUUGUGAAAAUUUGGUAGCUAUCUGGCUAUCAGAAAACCAAAGCAAGCCUUUAGUGCCUAUGCAUUCUGAAGUAGACCCACACACAUAUGAGCAGGUCCUCACUUGUUUCCUAUUUCCCCAAGUGCCUUUAAGUCCUAUUGAAAUAAAAUCAGAGGAAAAACAAGAGAAUAAUGAGACACAACCUACUGCUCGCCAUAUUAGUUUUGUAGACAUGAAAGCUACUCCUAAAGUACCUGAGAAGCCAGGGCAACUGAGAAGAGCUCCUACUCCAUAUCCAAAAGAAUUAAGAGCUUUGGCUAAACAUGCCAGAAAUAUCCAUAAAGAUGGUGCACAAGAUGUAACACCUCCAAUGCAAAAUGCUGUACAUAUCAAAGCAGCAAAAAUAACUCCUACUUUGCAGCAACGAUUUGCCUCUGAUAACAAAAAAGAAGUGGAAAAUGAUGGAAUAGAUAAUCCAGAUGAGAACAAUGCUGAUCCUAUGAAGAUAUCUGUUUAUGACAAUCUUCCGACUGAAAACUCUUAUGAAAAACCUUCAGAUCUCACAUAUGAACCAGACAAUACUUAUAAAAGCGUUGACCACGCAUUAUAUCCUGAAAAUAGUGGAGACAAUAACACUGAUUUUAAAAACGAUGGUGAAGAGCUUUAUCAUGGGUCACAAAGAAAUUAUGUAAAUAAACAAAAUGAAACUUAUACCUACAGGCAAGAUGUAGAUAGAAAUAGUGCUCCAGUUGGACAAAACAUCUACAGUUCUCACAGAAACUAUCAAAAUCCUAAUGAAGGCGGUUUUAGAAGCAGUCUAGAUGAAACUCGCAAUCGACUCCAAAGAUUAAGUCUCAGCUCACAAGAUAAGUACGCUAACAAUGAGAGUAUACUGAAACCUCAAUUUGAAGGGAACCAGUAUCACUCAAGACCAAUGAUGGACAACAUGCCUCCAUUUGAACCUAUGUAUCCUAGGAAUGAUCAAGUAUUCUCAAGUCGUCUAUCUGAAGGAAAUUACCAUGAAUCUGCUUAUGACAGUGAACAAUAUGCCAGAGCUAAAGAAAAAUUGUAUGCACAACGCAAUUUUCCUACAUAUACUUAUCAACCCCACAAGAGUCGUGAAUUACCAAGCCCUAGGUUGCAUACAGUCAGCCAGGUUGUUAGUUCCACCACAAUGCCAAAUUUAAGCAAUUAUAACAAUAUCUAUUCAGGUCCUGGUAAUGACGGUCAUCAUUAUCCUCCCCCCACUCAGCAGACACACUCUCCAAAUGCCAAUAUUUAUGGUAUUGCAGUUCAGAGUCCAACCUAUAUCUCUUCACAGUCUCCAGAUCUUUAUUCUCCUACAGGACAUACUAACGCCACUAAUCCAUACCGCAUGACAAAUACUCCUUUGAUAUCAGAUGACGGCAGCUAUAGUCACGUGCAUUCUCCUACUAGUCAGGAGAUGUACGAUUUAUAUGACACUAUGCCAGCUUCUUCAAAUCCACCAAGUGUGACUAGCCAUCAGAACAGUCCUAGAAGUGUAGCAGAGCCAGUUUAUGACCGUGGUCAGCCCCCACCAUACCACAUUGCAGCACCCUAUACAAAGCAUGCUCAAUAUUUUAAUGGGACUGGAGGAUAGUGGUGUGGGAAACACAGGAAACAAAGAAGUUUUCAAGAACUACAUUUUUGCGACUUCUAGGUAGAUUGUAAUGGGUUCUGGAUGUGCAAUCUAAUGUGAUAUAAUGUAAUAAUGAUGCAGUUGAGUGUAACAGUUAAGGUGCUAAGUGAAGGAUCAUGUUCUGGAAGAAUGUUACAAUAUUAUAUUGUAUUGAAUUAAAAUAUAUGAUUUUGUAAAUUAAUAUUAAUACUUCUAUUAGACAUAUGUAAUGGUGAAAGUGGUAUUAAAUUUAUAGAAGAAAAAGUUGUAGGUACUUGAAUAGUACACAUUGUAACAACUAUGUUGUUAAUAUUUUUGUUGUAAACAUUAAGAUGUAAAAAAAUACCAAAUGUUAUGCAUGCAUUGCGCAGUAGAUCUAAUUGGGGAUAAAUACAUG